UAUAGGAGUAAUGCUAAAAUACUUUAGAUAGCUUUAUCUAGUAUUGGUAUUGUUCGUUUAACUAUGUUACUCGUGGAUUUUAGCUUGAUUUUUGAAAUAGAUGCCCUAUUUUUAUCAAAUGAAAUAUAAAUUCCAUUCAUUCUAUGAUAUUUGCUACUGACAUACUGUUAUUUUUUAAAAUGGGUUCCCAAACAUUAGAAAUACUACGUCAGGGAAUUUGGGCCUCUUUCACGGGAGGUUGGUUUUAUGACCCAAGACAAGAUCAUUUCUGUAAUACAUUUCAUCUUUAUCUAUGGAUGCUUCUGCUUUGUCUUCCAUUUGUUGUAUAUAUGUUCUUUCCAAGUUCAGUGUUUGUUUGGAGCCUUUACUGUGGAGUUGUGGGUGUGGUUGUCACUAUGGUUAAAGUGAUAAACAUCAGGCUUCAUUGCAUGUUUGACAAUGGAGAAUGUGUGGAAGAUGCAAGUGAAGGAUCGGUAAAGUCUGAUGAAGAAGAGGCUCUACAGAGCAACAGUCAGCAUCCACAGUGUGAUUCAGAGCAUAUAGAAAUGGCAGUUCUAAAGCCAAGAAGAGGUGGGGACACUCCACCUGUGCAGUGUAGUUCACGAAAUUCUUUCCCUGAUUCUCCUGUUAAACACAGUGUAUCUCACGUUGGUUCCAUGGAUAUCAUCAACAAGCUCAUUGGUUCCGAGUCAGAAGUCAAACCUUGUUCAAGCACUAUAGAUUUAGAAGUGGAUGUUCAUCACCGAAACAGUUCUGGUAGUUCUGAAGAAGAAUCCCUAACCUGUUCGAGCCAAAAUCAACGACAUUCCAUUGUCCUUGAAGUGGGAGAUCCAGCUUCUAGUCUUGUUGCAGAAAUAUUACAAGAAGUGGAGGGCUCUCAACUGUCCAGGAACAAAGAAAGUUAUCUAUUGGAAUCAAUGAGAAAAAAAGAAGAAACAGAAAGAACUCCACAUGAUACAAUGGUUAGAAGAUCAGAUUACCCUUCAUAUAGAAGAAAGGUCCCCGAGUCAGCAUGUAGUCAGGCAUCAGAGGUUUCAACUGAAAGCACUCCUUCCAAAGAAAUAUCUGUUUCUAAAAAAUCAAAGUUGCUAACAAGAAGGAAACAUACAGCUGAAGGAACACCCGAGACAUGUUCCCUGCUACCAGAAAGGGAAACCAGUGACAGAGUCAGUCGUCAUUCAUCUAAAAAAGAAAGCGAUCUAGGCCCACCCACUUACAUUCUUGCAAGCAUUUUGUCCAAAGCUGGAACUCACUUGGCAAGUUCCCAUGGUGACACUUCCCCUGGGGCUGUUCACUGUUUCCAGGAUGAAUAUGGUAAUUGGUUUACGUACACAUUUGAUGAACACAGUUGUGGGCUUGCCCGUGGAUUAGAAGGCACGUUUGAUCCCAAGACAUUAGAAGCUGCAAUAAACUCAAAAUGGAAUGGAACAUCUCAGACAUCGUCAAGUUCUGGAUCAACUGUUAUUUUAGACAGUCCAGCAGCUGUUUUACAUGCUCUAAAGCUUCCUACUUCACUGAAGUCUGGCCUUGACCUUCCAACAGCUUCUGCAGCUAGUCUUCUGCCUGCACCCAGAGCUGAACAGGAAGUAGGGGGAGGGGAUGCUCCUUCUUCUAGUUUGUCUCAAAGUCAUGCUUACAACAUUUCGCGGACUCCUCUCCAGAUCUUUGCCGAGUCAUUACUUAGUCGUGCCACUCAAGGCAUGACAGCUGGUGCUCUCGGAGUGGCUGCCGCUUCCAAUGUCUCCCAGGCUGCUAUUUCUCAGGCAGGAACUGACACAGACCUAGCAUCUAGCUGUCGUAUUAGGUUCACGGACUCUUGUGGCUACCCGCAGAAACCUCGCCAAUUCUACAAGUUCUGGAUAGUUCCGUGCAAGUACCUACGAGUGAGAUUUGACAGAUUAACACUGUUAGCCCUGCUGGACAGGAAUAUAACCAUCACUGAAAAUGUGGUGUCAGUCAUGCUGGUGGUGCUGGUCGCCAUCCUUGGGGCUUUGUGCCUUGCUAAUAAUUUUUUUCAUGAUAUAUGGACUUUUGUGUUCUGUUUUGUAAUAGCCAGCUGUCAGUACACACUUCUCAAG